AUUUUAGGUGACCAUUGAAAUGACCAUGUCCGAAGAAUUGAGGAACCGAUCCCCUGCUUCUCCUACUUCUACAGACAGUUCAGGUGUGUUUGUAAAGUUGGUAUUACGAGAGGAGAUAAGAAAGUUGAAAAUAACAGAAUUCAGCUCGCCCUACGAAGAAAUGAUUAAAUUCGUCGACGAGCAAUUCUCGGUAUUGGGUGUAGUCCGACUGAGUUACAAAGACGAUGACGGAGACGAGAUAACAGUAAGCUCAAACAGAGAAGUGCAAGAUGCGCUCCAGAGCAGUGGUAACGUGAAGAUACUGAAGUUUAAUGUCAAGGACAUGAAGGAGGAAUCCGGUAGUGAUAACAGCGAGCCCAACAGUCCCAGUGGGAAUAUCAAGGAGAACCUACAAACGAGUCUGUACAACACAGUAGUAAGCACGCCCAGCCACGUCCUAAACGCUAUGCUGGAGGAAACGCAGAUGUCUCAGUUACAAAGUGAGGUCGACCAGCGAGUCACUGGUUUAAGACGAGGCAAGUCGAUGGGAGACGAGAAGAUAACAGUUCCAAACAUAUUUACCACAUUCGACAACAAAGUCAUGCGGCAAUUCGAGGUUGGAACCAACGGAGUAUCCUGUACAAUCUGUCCGCUCCCCAAGUGUCCCAAACCCACAACAGAUUUCAGCAACUUACGGGCUCACGGUAGAUCUGAGACUCACCAGCAGCAGCUUACUUACCAUAUCACCGGUGAACAUGACCUGAACAACUCGAACAUUCUCUCACGUACACUGGAAUACCCCCUUUCUUGGCGGCUAAACGACCGUGCAACUGCUGCCCAGCUCAUCGCUGCUAAAUACCACCAUUUUGGAGCUCCGACUGGACAGAGAAGAAAGAGAACAGCGUUCAGUCCGGCCACAACCCUAGCCCUGGAACAGUUUGCUAACAGUAUCAACUGGAAACGAGGCGAAAGUGAGAAAAUCAACGAGUUUGCUCAGAAACACAACCUUACUUUCUACCAAGUCAAGGUAUGGAUGAACAAUCACAGACCUCGUAAAAAUAACAUGAACUAUGUGCCCCACCCUUAUCUAAAGGACAACAAACACUUCCUACCCUCUCGUGAUCUUAGCAAGGUAAUACAAGCUCUGGGAGACACCAGAACGGAUGCGUUUUCUUUCCAGAAUCUGGCAAGCAGUGGAUUACAGUACAAUCUCCCUAUCCACUCCUCAGCUCUGACCUCAGCUCUCCCUCCCCUUACAUCAGAACAGCAGGAGCAGGUGCACAGCAGUGCGUUUACCAGUGUCAGUAACGUAGGCAGUCCUGACCAGGGUCGAACAGUCAGCACCACACCUACAGACAAAGUAGCUCCAGCAGAUAUAGUCUCCAAGUGUGAUCCUCUCUCCAGCUCUAUCAGCUCUACUUCCUCGUCUGACCUCUCCAAGUUCUCCAACACCCUUUCAACCUCGUCCUUUGAGAAGUUUCCCAUGGGAAAUUUCCCGCUUUCGUCCCAGUUCCCGGCUAUCACCACGACCUGCUCGCCCUUCAGCGGUGAGCUGAUCUUUUCCAACGGACUCCUCGGCUCUGACAACAGAGACAUCAGUCAACUUUUUAGCAGCGUGAAAAACAGCAAUGUUAAUGAUAGCGCGAGAUAGACAUUUUACAAGAUUAUUAUUAUCAUUUGCUUGUUUGAUUUUGAGUUGAAUUGAUUUGCGGUUGAGACCAGCUGUGAAUUAAGUUGAAACUGACCGAUUCUCUAAGGAAUCGAGAGAAGAACUGAGGGUGAAGACACGAUAAGAUAAAUUGUGAAUAGAAGAUAAGAAGGACCUAUUUGAGGGCCUGACAUUACCUAUUUGAGGGCCUGACAUGACCUAUUUGAAGGCCUCACAUGACCUAAUUGAAGGCCUCCCGUGUUUGGGAAAAUUACUUUGAGAAUUUUACCUGAUCAUCAUACCCAGUUAUUUUAUAAAUUUCACAUGUUUUAAAACAGUUCAUUUUCAUCAUUCCGAGCAUUAAAAACAAGCUUUGACAUGUUCUUAUUGAAUUCCAUCUUGAUCUAGCUGGUUCUAAGAUGAUAACUCGACCUCAAGUGAAAUGAAUUUGUUUUUAGCCCCUUGUCGCAAUUUCAUCAAUACGUUCCUCGUGCAAAUCAUGGUCGCACCAUGGAUAGAUAUGAACGAACAAUAUUAAUUUGCAUUUUUCAACUUGCGGCAUUUAUAGGUCGUGUGAGUGGUAGAAAUGACUGAAGCUGGAAAUGCCGAUAAUGCGAAUGUUAAGUCUUCCCAAAUGCUAAUACCCUUACAAAUUGUUAUGAUGCUUAAGUUAAUAAGUGAUAAAGACAAUUGAAUUCAAAAUUAUAAUGUAUUGCUUAUAAAUUGCUGUUUUAUUAUUUGUUUUAGUUUAAAGCCAAUC